ACUAUUUAUAAACAAUAAACAUUGGAAAUAAGAAAAUACUAUCGUUAGCGAUUAGACACACGUUUGUUAAAUAAUAUUUUUAUCCUCGGUCGUUCGCAAGGUUAUUCUCAUGAGCAACUAACCGUAACAACUUUCAGUUGUCAUUGUCAAUAUUUCGAUAAUUUCAUGUCACGCGGCAAAAGUUUUCGGAAUCUCUCUAAAGUCAGUAAUACGCAGUAAAGCAGAAUCUUGUGUAAAAAUUUUUAAUAAUCUUUAUAAUGUCAACUAAGCGCGUAUAGUGCAAAAAGAUAUUAUCUGCCUUUCGUAUCAAUAACAUUUUGAAGCUCAGUAAAAAUUAAGGAAAAAUAUUUCAGUAAUCUACAAAUUGCUACUGAUUAUAAAAUUUGUAAUAUAUAAUUUAUUAUAUAUAAAUGUUAAACGGAAGCCAAAUAGAAUAAAUCAAUUAGCGAAACAAAAAACAAUGCAAGCAGAAAAGGAAUACGGUAAUUUAAACUACUCUUUGGAUGAAAAACUAUAUAAAUGGUGGCUAGAGCAAAAUCAAUUGGGAUGCACAACUUUCGAUGCGGAUCUUAAAGCAAAAAUGGUAGAAUUGGUGAAUAAGUUUGGUGAAUCAUCGAGAACUAACAUAGAACAUUGGCUGCGAAAUUUUAAGGAGCAACACGAAAUUUUGCAAAACAUGCCUGAGAGUUCGCAAAAUUUCGUGCAACGGAAUAAGAGAGAAUUAAAUAAAGCGGAAGCUAAAGAAUUUGUUCAAGAUUUCACUCGGCGAUUGGAACAGGAAAAUAUCAUUAGAGAUAAUAUUUAUGCUUUGAUCGAUAUGACCAUAACGUGUAAACAUCCUUCUGCCACUAAAAGAGAAAAUUUGAAAAAUGACAGUCUAACUUUUAUGCUUUGUACAAAUGCUACAGGUAAUCACAAACUUCCACCCUUUUGUAUUUAUAAAUAUACACACCAAAAAACCCCAAAAAUUUUAAAAAAUACGUCGCCUUUAGUUUAUAAGUUACAAGAAAAUGAUUUUCAGAAUCAAGAAAUUAUCAUAGAUUGGUACUGUAAUUACUUUAUAAGAUCUGUAAAAGAACAUCAAUGGAAAACAAAUAUAAGCGGUAAAGUAUUUUUACUACUAAAAAAUAUUCAUAAGUUUUAUGCCCUAAAAGACAUCGUAAAAGUUAACAAUUUCGAAAUUAGGCUUUACCCAGUAAACUCAUUCGGAAAGCUUCAACCAAUAGAUCCUAAUAUUCGCGACGAAAUCAGGAAAUUUUCUUAUAAGGGGUUGAAAAAAUUUUAUAAAUCUUUAGACAUAGAAGAUUGUAUUAAAAUAUCUUGCGAGCCGUGGAUCAAUCUUAUGCCUAUGGAUAUUGAAAAGUUCUGGAAAAAUCUUUUGGAACCAGAUUUUCAUACAAAAGAAGAUAAUGUAACAGAAGAAAACACCGCUGUCGAGUUUAUAUCAAAACCACUAGAUCUUUCCAUAAAAGAACAAGACAAAAAUCUUUUGAAACCAGAUUUUCAUACAAAAGAAGAUAAUGUAACAGAAGAAGACACCGCUGUCGAGUUUAUAUCAAAACUACUAGAUCUUUCCAUAAAAGAACAAGACAAAAAUCUUUUGGAACCAGAUUUUUAUACAAAAGAAGAUAAUGUAACAGAAGAAGACACCGCUGUCGAGUUAAUAUCAAAACCACUAGAUUUUUCCAUAAAAUAUAAACGUCUAAAACAACAGGAAAAUACCGUAAGUACUGAAACUGUAUGCAUAGAAAAUGCUGAAUGCAUUGAAGAAAACAUAGAAAAAAAAGAUAAUUUGGCAACAGACUCGCACAAAUUACAGAAGUUAAUAAUAAAAAAUGACGACAUCCACUCAGAUAAGAUAUCAGAAGUGCUUGCUUCUUACGCAAAAGCUGAAGCAGAAGGACAUCAAGAACAAGAAGGAGAUAUUGAAAGUAUUGCAGAAAAUACAUGCAAGAGAAAAUUUUCCGGCGAUUUAUACGAUGAUGUAUGAUAUAAUGGUAUAAUGUGUUUCUCCAGAUAAUCUAACAGAAUAUCUGAACUUUUACGGAAAAGCCGUAGAAAAAGAAUAAUGUAAUAGCAUAUUUCAAUUUUUAUGUAAAAAUCGAAGGAGAAAGACAUCAAAAAACGAAUCGGAAAACAUUGGGUAUGCAGAGAAGACUGAAAAUGCUGAGAAAGAUAGAAUAUCGAGCUCACCAGAUUUAGGUGAUAAAGAGAUUAGAAACCUUUAGAAUUAUAUUCGCAUAAAAGACUUGAGACAAGAUUCUAA